AUGUUGCACACGGCCACCGUCCUCGUCGCGUCGGUCCUCGCCGUCCUCCCCAGCGUCCACGCUUUCUGGCCGAAGCCCACGAACAUCACCGAGGGCACCUCCGCCCUCCGUCUCGCCUUCGACUUCCACAUCUCCAUCUCCCCCGACAUUCGCGACGUCCCUCAGGACCUCUACGAUGCCGUCACCCAGACACAGACGUACGUCUUCACCGAUGACCUCGGCCGGCUCGUUGUCGGGCGCGGUGCCGGAGAUGUCAGCGCGUUCAAGGACGCCCCCGAACUCUCCGAGCUCGUCCUGUCCUUGACCCCUGGUGCGCCCGUGCUCUCCAUCACCCAGGAGACCCAAAAGCCUGUCGGCGAGCGCGAUGAGGCAUACACGCUCUCCAUCCCGUCCAACGGCUCUCCCGCCACCAUUACAGCGGGCUCGACACUCGGUCUCUUCCGUGGUCUGACGACGUUCACUCAAGCAUGGUACCAGUACGAGUCUACCAUCUACACACUGACGGCGCCCAUCGAUAUCAAAGACACUCCUGCAUUCCCUUACCGGGGUCUGUUGAUCGACUCUGCACGCCACUACUUCCCCGUGUCGGACCUCUUGCUGAUGAUUGAUGCUAUGAGUUGGACCAAGAUCAACGAGUUCCACUGGCAUGUUGUGGACAGUCAGAGCUUCGGUCUUCAGGUCCCCGGCUUCAUGGAGCUGUCCACCUACGGCGCAUAUGGGCCUGACAUGUUGUACACCCUUGCCGACGUAGAGUACAUCGUGGCCUAUGCUGGCGCGCGCGGUGUCGACGUUAUCGUCGAGAUCGACACGCCUGGACACACUGCUGCCUUCGCGGACUCCCAUUCCGACUACGUCGCCUGCAACCAGGCGCGUCCCUGGGCGACCUACGCCGCAGAACCCCCGGCUGGGCAGCUGCGUCUCGCGAACUACACCGUUGCCAACUACACCGCGAGGCUCUUCUCGGCCGUUGCAGACAUGUUCCCCUCGAACAUCAUCAGCACAGGCGGUGACGAGGUGAACUUGGUCUGCUAUCAGGACGACUACGAGACACAAUAUGACCUGAACAGCACUGGCCGCACGCUUAACGGCGCGCUCAACGACUUCGUCAUGGGCAAUCAGGCCGCGCUCAUUGAGAAGGGCAAGACACCCGCCGUUUGGGAAGAGAUGAUCCUCGACUUUAACUUGACAUUGUCUAACGAGACGAUUGUCUACGUCUGGAUUUCCUCGGACGACGUUGCUGCCGUCGCCGACAAGGGCUACCGUGUUGUCCACGCGGCAUCAAACUACUUCUACCUUGACUGCGGUGCAGGUGGAUGGGUCGGCGACGACCCCAACGGUGACAGCUGGUGCGACCCCUUCAAGACCUGGCAAUACACAUACACCUUCGACCCGUACGCGAACCUGACCUCCGACCAAUACCACCUCAUUAUGGGCGGCCAGGCCAAUAUCUGGACGGAGCAGACAGACUCGUCGAACAUCCAGUCGAUCAUCUGGCCGCGUGCGGCGUCCUCCGCGGAGGUCUUCUGGACCGGCCCCGGCGGGAACGGGACAGCUGCGCUGCCGCGCCUGCAUGCGCUCACCUUCCGCAUGAUCCAGCGUGGCCUCAAAGCGAUCCCGCUCCAGCCAUACUGGUGCGCGAUCCGUGCGCACGAGUGCGACCUCUACUGGUAA